AAAACGCGUCUGAUGUAGUCACCUGGCGACAAUGACAGGUUGGAAGAAGUAAAGUCCAAUAGUUGCAACACUUAUGCCCUGACAUGAGCUUUGAAUAGUCCUCUGGUAGAAGCCGCUCCUAUUCCCGCGGACGCUUAGUUUUAGAACUACCCGAUCCUGUUGCUUUUAGCAAGCACCUCUCUUGGGAACAUUCUGACGGAAACGUUUACUUUCCAAGCGCCUAUACUCUCCGCGGGAGAGAUUCGGAGUUUCUUUGUGGGCAUCUCAAUCCCUUGAUGUGAUUCUACCAUCAUGUAUUGUCAGGAGUGCAGAACGCCACUCAGACUUGACAGCUCCUUGAAUGAACUGAACCCAGCAGCAUUCAAGCUGCUAGCAGAAUCCACAGGUAGCACUAUUGCGAAAGAUAAGAACAGUACUCAGCAUGGCAGACCUCCAUUCUCAGCCGAAAGGCGUGAGGAGUACGAUCGAGUUUCAAAGAAAGCAAAGCAACCUGUCUUCAGGCGAACUGUUGGUUCCAGCCGACAGGCCUCAGCUAGAUCAAGCAACUCAAUGUCCAAGGACACACCAGAUAUGUCAUUCAUCAUGCUAACGGACUCUCAAAUGUUUCCUAGCAAUGAAACAUCUGCUCACCAAAAAUCGGUUUCGGCCAGAAGGCGAGGUUCCCACCCAGCGGUGAAUCAGCAAGGCGACGAGGACUCGAUUUCAAGUCGUAUGGAAACUGCAAAUAGGCUUUUUGAGAUUUUAUCUGCGCGAGCGGAUAUUGAUCAUCCUAUCUGCGUUGAAUGCACUGAACGUCUUGUUGAUCAGCUACAGAAAAGGCUGGGCAACGUAACACGAGAAAGAGACGCGUAUGUAGAGUUCUUACGCCAGGCCAAUGCAGAUGUGCCGACAGAUGAAGAACUACAGCAAGCGAGACAAGAGCUUAAAAGGAUCCAGGCCCAGGAAAGAGCAGCCUUUGCUGAGCUUGAAGAGCUUGAGAAAGAGAAAGCCGCCAUGGAAGCUGAAAUCCUCGAUCUUGAGGCACAAGCACGUGAACUUGACAUUCAAGAGGAGAAAUUUUGGGCGGAGAGAAAUGAGUUUUCCCAGAAGUUGACCGCUCUGCAAAAUGAGCGUGACCGUUUAAAUAACCAAUAUGACCACGAUUCGAAACAGCUUGAACGUUUACGUCGCGCAAAUGUGUACAACGACACCUUUUCCAUCGGUCAUGAUGGCUUCUUUGGAACAAUUAACGGUUUACGCUUAGGCCGUCUACCUGAACGACCUGUGGAUUGGAGCGAGAUAAAUGCAGCCUGGGGUCAUACUUGUUUACUGCUUGUCACGGUGGCUGAGAAGCUUAACUACACCUUCAAAGGCUACGAGCUCUUGCCAAUGGGCUCUACAUCCAGAAUCAAGCAGUACAAAACUCCACGUAGCGCUAGCAAUGACCCAUCACAUCUCACAAAACCUCGAGCGGAUAUUUACAAACUUUACCAUCAAGGUGACGCUAUAUCGACGCUUGGAGGACUCUUCCACAGCGAGUUUGACUCUGCUAUGAUAGCGUUCCUGGAGUGCCUUCGUCAGCUUAUUGAUCAUGCGCAUCGCACGCCGAUAGAGCUGUCUGAUGGAGGUGUGGUAGAAUGCCCGCGUAUUGCAUACAGGAUUGAGAAGGACAAAAUUGGAGACCACAGCAUUCGACUGAGUGGACUGGGUAACCAGGAAGCAGAAUGGACGAAAGCGUGCAAAUUAACACUUAUAUGUUGCAAAUUCUUGCUGGCGCAUGCGAGUAACGCUAGUGAUAUUAGGCGUAAUAGAUAAUAGACAGAUACCCAUGGAUCUCUUGAACAAUGAUA